AUGAGCAACAAUAUGAUGUAUUCUGCGCACCCGUUCGUGGACCAGCACCCGCUGAUGUCCACAAGGGUUAUGAGCCCAACCGCUUCGACGUCUACUUGGACCCCUUCGAGCGGCCCGUGGAUCAUUCGCACGUGCCACGCGUGCGCCGACGUGAUGACAGGGCCUACUGUCACGUGCUCGGCGUGCCACGCGCCCGUGCACAGCCACUGCGUGGUGAGGCGCAUGAGCUGCAUGGUGCGCACGAGCUGCGCCAACGAGAUGGACUUCGCCUUCGCGAACCAUCAGGCGCAGCAGAGGAUGGCGAUGAGUUCCGCGGGCUUUGGGCGUUUCAUGAGCGCCAGCGGCCAGUGCGCAGGGCAGGCCAUCGGCGCGGUGGCCACCAGGGCCGUGGGAGGGGCGGCCAGGUUGAUGACAGGCUGCGCCUCGGGUGCCGUCUCGGCGAUCUGGGGCGUGCGCGCUGUGGAGCUGCCGAGCGCGCCUGCGCCGCAGCGCCCGCGCUUCCUCGAGCAGUUCGACAUCUCGGACGCGGGCUCGGGCAGCGGCGUGCCGACCGAGGUGGCGGACGUGAUGGCCGAGUUUAGCCGGAUGCGCGCGGAGAUGGAGGCUCUGAGGGAGGAGAACGCCAGGCUCCGAGGAGGGAGCGCAGCGUCAGCCCAAGGCGGGUACGCGACGCCUUCAUCGCCUGGGCGGCCGGCGGAGGAGAUAACCGAGGCCCAGGACGAGGGCAUCGAUGCCGUCUACGGCGCGGAUUGGUCUCAGGCGGGAGGGCCUGCCGUGAGCGGUGCUGGGGGCAGUGCCGCCGAGACUCACGAGGUGAAUGCCGCGCGCGAGGCGGCUGACACGAUUGGCAGGCACGUCGAGGAGUUCUCCGACUCGGCGCAGCUGCUCAUGCCGGCAUCGCGCCUGCAGGACAUCCAGGAGGUGGUCAUCCUCAUGGCGGUGGUGUUCCUGGAGGCGCUGGUCUACCUGGAGGAGGUUUCGGGGGUCCUCCGGGAGGUGCCCCACCUUGUUCUGGCGGGCUCGGAGGGCAUGGACUUGGCCAUGGAGGUGGUCAUCCUCAUGGGCUUCGUGGCGGUGGCUUCGGACUACCAGGUGGACCUGGUGGCGGAGGUGGGCCCGGCGGUUUUGGAGGAGGACUUCCAGGAGGUGGUGGGCCCGAUCGUCUUGGUGGAUUUGGCGGGCAGCCUGGAGGCGGAGCGCGACUUGUCGCUCGAGAGCACGCUCGCGAAGUUGAGGGCGGCCGACUUGCCGCGCUUGGCUUGGAAGGGCGGCCCGGCCGCUAAACCAGGAGUCCUCGAGCAUUGGAUCCAGAGGGCGUCGCUCGACCUGGGGGGGAUGCACCACCUCAUCGAGCGCUACUGGUCGCAGGUGCUGGGCGUGGUGGUGGAGACGUGCGAGACGUAUCUCCGCCAUGGGCCCUUGGACCGCCCCGCGAUCAGGCCCAUGCAGCCUGCGCAGUUCCCCCCCAGCGGGACCGACGCCGUGAACUUCCACAGCGCGGAGCUCCGACUUCGGGGCCUGCUGCUCGCCCUCGUGCCGGAGGACUUCAAGCAGGCAUGCUUGAGUACGAGGCAGACGAGCACCACCGAUGUCCUAUUCAGCGCGCGCGUGUCGGCUGGCCCGGGCACGGGCGCUGACAGGGACCACACGUUGGAGCAGGUGUCCAAGGGGAGGCACGUAGACGUGAAGUCCACCUACGACGAGCUGCAGCGCUGGAAAUUCAGCGCGAACCGCCUCGCCACGCUAGGCGUCGCGGCCCCCGACCCCAGCAAGCAGCUGUCGUCUCUGAAGGCGAUCGCGCACAGGAUGCUGGAGUCCAACGAGGAAGUGAAGCACCGCUGCUUCGGCUUCCUCGUGACUCGUGGUCUCAGCGGUGGAGUGGCUAACCAGGCGCAGGUUGACGAGCUGUGGCGCUAUCUCAGCGCGGAGGCGAGGGAGUUCGCCGAUGCGGCGCCGCAGAAGGACGACCCUGCGGCGAAGCUCGCGAUAGAGCGACGUCUGAAGGGGGAGCCCAAGGGGCACCCAAAGGGAGGUAAAGGCGACCCCAAGGGUGGAAAGGGCGACACCAAGGGGAAGGACGACAAGGGCGGCAAGAGUAAGACCGACCAGAACUCGUCCAAGACUGGUGCGAAGAAGCUCUGCACCUUCUUCGAGAGCGCGGGCGGGUGCACUAAGGGGGCAUCGUGCUCCUUUGCGCACCGGAAGCUUUCUCCGUCGGAUGGGAAGUGCUUCAAUUGCGGUUCGACCGAGCAUCGCAGCGCAGACUGCACUAGGCCUCGUGCUGCCACGAAGGUUGCUGCGCCGACGCCGUCUCCGGCGAGUACUGGGGCGACUUCGGCAUCGACUGCGGCUGGCGGACCGUCGGUUGCGCAGGUAGCGGCUCAGACGGCGCGCGCCGAGGUCCGGGCUGAGCUGAUGAGCCUGAUGCAGAUGGGCUCUGGGACGCCGUCUGGUCAAGCUGGGCACGCGGACGCCGACUUCUGGAACGCCGGCGACCCGAAGGCCAAGAUGGUGAACAUCAAGGCCAAGGCGAUGAUCGUGAACGGGAAGCGGUACCUCCUGGCGGACACGGGCGCCACGCACGAGCUGAAGGGCGUCGAGGACUUCGACGACCUCGGCGACGACGUGCGGACGGUGCAGCUGGAGACGGCCACAGGCUCGCAUGAUGCGCGCAUGGUCCGCGACACAGUGUUUGUACUAGGUGAACAUCUACAAGGUUUAUUCCCACUUGCGUCGUACGUGGAGUCCAUGGGGUUGGAGAUGGAGUGGAACCCUCGGCGGUGCGGAGUGCACGUGGGGAACGAGUUCGUCGACCUCCACCGGGAGAACGGCAGCAUCUACAUCAGCGAGAAGAACGCGGAGAUUCUUCGAGCGGCUCGCCGGGCCCAGCUUCGGGAGAAGUUCAGGGCCUCUAUGGCGGCUUUGGCGACGAGCCUCAGGACUUUGACGAAGCUUCGCGAGCGCCAGGAGGGCGGUCACAUUCACUUCGACGUGAACUGCCCGCAGUGCCGCGGCGCCCACGGCAGGAUGCGUCAGCAUUUCCGCCACGAUGCCAGUACGCGCCCGGGCGGGCAAUUGAGCAUCGACCUGAGCGGGCCGCACCUCCCGGGACGCUGGCCAUCGGGACGGUCCGAGGACACGGGCAGGAUGGCGCAGCACUUCCUCUUGGGGGCGUUCUCGGUGGUGACCGCAGCCGACAUGCAGAAUCGAGCUGAUCGUGAAGGAGAGGCUCGCGAGGCAGCUGGAGUACCCGAUGAUGUGCCCAAGGUCAGCUCCACGGGUGUUGCUGUUGAUGGCGAUGUCAGGCAGCUGGCUGCUCGAGUCGCUGCCGCAUUUGAGGUGUCGGAGCUCGGUGAGCUGCGCCUCAGAAGCGACCGCCCCGGCCUGAUGGCAGCGAGGCCCGCGCAGGCGCCCGACCGCCCCCAGGACGAGGAGGGGGAUGCGGAGGCCGAGGUCGCACCAGGGGGCGCCGGAGCCAGCUCGGAGCCCGCCAAGACGUGGUAUUUUGUAGUGCCCUUGGAGAACAAGCGCUUCGAGACGUGCAAGAAGGGGCUGGAGCAGAUCUUGGCCAUGAUUCGGUCCGAGUUCGAGGGCGCGAACGUGGUGUACCGCAUCCACGGCGACAGGGCGAGCGAGCUGACAGGCACCAAGUCGAAAGAGCACUUCGCGAAGCAGGGCAUCCUGGUCACCAGCGCGCCGGGGUACGAGCCGAACAACAACCCCCGCGCGGAGAAGGGGAUCGGCCUCGUGAAGUUGAGGGCGAGGGCGAUGCUGCUGAGCUUCACGGACCCCCGCGACAGGCAGGACCUGUGGCCCAUGGCGGUGCAGCACGCGGCCUGGUGCAGCAGGAUGGCGGCUCAGGGGCGGCAGACGAACUGCCCUGCGUUCGGGGCCAAGGUCAGCUCGAGUGUGAAGGAUUUGCCCCACGACAUGCUGAGCGAGAGAGCGGUGGACAGCAUCUUCCUCGGCGUUGACCCCGAAAGCGCGUGGCUGGUUGGGCGAAUCGACCCGAAGGCUUCUCGCCCCGAGGCGCGCUGGGUGAUCGAGUCCUCGAGCUCGUUCGUGAUCCACCCGGAGGCGGCGGCGUUGCCGAAGGAGCCGGAGAGCGCGGCAGAUGAGCGAGGAGCCAUACGAGGGACGAGCAUUGCCGGCUCGGCCCACUUCUUCGGGACGAUGGCCGUCCAGGUGCUUUUGGGCGCGGAGGUGGUGACAUCUACUCGUGCCCAGCGUGCCGAGGACGGCAUGUCGCACAUUCUCGUGACCAUCGGUGCCGACUCGGAUCAGGAGAUCCAGCGCGAGAGCGGUAUGACCCUGACGCUGAUGAAGACCCUAAAUGUUGCCUUCGGCUCGGAGCGCGAGGAAUGGCGCCAAGCUUUGGAGGCGGAGCUCAUCUCCAUGACGGAGAAUGAGGUCUCCAGGAAGCUCUCGGGCCCUGAGCUGAGAGAAGUACGGCCUCGAGACGUGCUUCCUAUGAAGGUGGUGGCUGGGGAGAAGGCUGCAGAUUCUACCGGAUACCGGAAGAAGAAGGCCAGGGGCGUCGUGCGCGGCAACUUCGAGGACGAGUCGGACGAGCCGGUGUACUGCAGCAGUUUGGACAUCGCAUCGCUGAGGGCUUCAUUGGCGGUGGCCUGCAAGAAUGGCUGGAGCCUCGGGGUCAUGGACGUGUCGACCGCGUUCCUGAACGCUCAUUUGCCUAUGGGGCACAAGCGUGUCGUCGUCAGGCCGCCUGCUGUUUUUGUCCGGUACGGCUUGGUUCCGGAGGGCGAGCUGUGGGUGGCGGAGAAGGCCAUCUACGGACUGAGGGUCAGCCCGAAGGCCUGGAGCGACAGGCGGGACGCUGAUAUGAAGUCGCUCGUCGUGGAUAUCGGGGGCGAGCCGCACGUGCUGCGGCAAUCGACUGCUGAUCCGGCGGUCUGGGCCGUGGUGCCGCAGCAGGGCGGCGACGUCGUUGGCUACGUGCUGGCGUACGUGGACGACUUCUUGAUGAUGGGGUCGGACUCCGCAGUGAUAGCCUUGAGGGGCCAGCUGGGGAAGCUCUGGCGCACGAGCUCGCAGCCGAUCGUGAGCAGGUCGGCACCCGGCACGCUCCGGUACCUGAGCAUCGACAUCGAGCUCAGGGCCGACGGCGCUCUGACGCUCGGGCAGCGCCAGUACACCGAGGAGCUGCUCGAAAAGUGGGGGAUGCUCCAUUGCAAUGGGACGGGGAGCAUCAACUUCGAGAAGGAGUCUUUCGAGCACUUCAUGGCCACCUCCUCCAGGGACGAUGGCGACGACGACGAGGCACCUGAGGUGAAGCUGUCCGAUGUCUGGCUGGCCCAGAAGAUGGCCGGAGGCCUUUUGUGGCUGGCCUCCCGGACGCGCCCAGACAUAGCGCACACCGUGUCGCGGGUGGCUUCGAUAGCGACCACCCGCCCGCUGACGAGCCUCUGCUUCGGCAAGAAGAGCAUUCAGUCGUCAUUUGUGGCAACUCUGGAGAGCAUGCAGAUCAAGUGCUGUGCCGUUCUGUAUGGAGAUAACAGCACCGCCAACCAGAUUGCGACUGGCAGGGGGACGUGGCGCACGCGGGCCCUCUCGACCAAAGUUAACGCGAUUCGUUCGCGUGUCGAGCGAGGUCUUUUGACUCUCCAGUUCGUCGCCACAUUUUUUAUGAAGGCCGACGGGCUGACGAAGUGCGGCGGAGAGGAGCGCGUGUGGGGGGUGUCUGUGAAGUAUGCUGCGCAGUAG